AUGGCACAUCCCUCACAAUUAGGAUUCCAAGACGCGGCCUCCCUUGUAAUAGAAGAACUUCUCCACUUCCACGACCAUGCCUUAAUAAUCGUUUUUCUAAUUAGCACUUUAGUACUAUAUAUUAUUGUUGUGAUAGUUACCACCAAACUUACCAACAAAUACAUCUUAGAUUCUCAAGAAAUUGAAAUUGUAUGAACAAUUCUACCCGCUGUGAUCCUAAUUCUGAUUGCUCUCCCAUCCCUUCGAAUUCUUUAUCUAAUGGAUGAAGUAAAUGAUCCCCAUUUAACUGUAAAAGCCAUAGGACACCAAUGAUACUGAAGCUAUGAGUAUACAGAUUAUGAAAAUCUAGCUUUUGAUUCAUACAUAAUCCCAACACAAGACCUAGUUCCAGGCCAAUUCCGACUACUUGAAACUGACCAUCGAAUAGUAAUUCCCAUAGAAUCUCCAAUUCGAGUACUAGUAUCAGCUGAAGAUGUAUUACACUCCUGAGCUGUUCCCGCACUAGGAAUUAAAAUAGACGCCGUACCAGGACGACUAAACCAAACAUCCUUUAUCACCUCCCGCCCAGGAGUAUUCUAUGGUCAAUGUUCUGAAAUUUGCGGGGCCAACCACAGCUUUAUACCAAUUGUUGUAGAAGCCGUUCCUCUAGAACAUUUUGAAAAUUGAUCCUCCCUUAUGCUUGAAGACGCCU